AGUCAAUUGACUUUUGACAUUUUACACCAAAACUCCACAAAAAAGAAAAAUUAAAUUAAACAUAAAUGUAAACAUUUAAUUAAAAUCAAUUUAAAUUCCUUCAAGAACAAAAGUUUUAACCCACACACAAUGCGGAAAUAUCAGCAGCUACUACUCCUAGUCAUUUCUGCCAUCAGUGUUAUAGUCCUCCUUAAUUAUAAGAGCGAAAACAAUCGUUUGAAAUAUAUCCUACAUGUAGUGAAUUUCUUUGGGCGCAAGGAUGCAGCCCUGAUGAUGCGUCUGGAAAACGGCACAAAAGACGAUGAUUUCAAUGAUUUCGCAUAUCCAUUGCCGGUGUGGCAAAAAAUCGGCGACUCAUUUCACGCGUACUCCGCAUUUUGGCAGCGAAAUGAACUUAUGGCCGGCGGAGAGGCUGUAGUCCUCGUCACGGGCAAGAAAUCGGCGAUAAUUAAUUUUAAAUGUGCCCUGCAGUAUAGCAACGAUAGGAUCAUAACUGGCAAGUUCAAAUUUUAUCAUCUUGACGAAAGCGAAGCACCCACAGACAAAAUAGAUUUCUUCUCUUACAAAUUUCUAUGCAAACUCAGUCGAGACUUUGGAGUUCCAGAGAAAUUGAUCUUUACAGAGGUUGCCAGUAAAGUCAGCUAUAAAUUGCUGUUGCGUCAUGUAAAACCUCAGGUCUCCCAUGGCAUGCAAAUCGCCACUAUAUGCCUCAACAUGGCAGACUUCAACAAAACCAUGAGCUUCGCCACGAAGACCAACCUCCUGCAGUUCUUCUUCUACCAUCAAACCAUCGGAAUCGACCACUUCUUCAUUUAUAACGGCGAUGCAGUGCCAUAUCACAUCCGCAAGGUUCUCCGAAAGACCAGUGUCAAUCUGAACUACUUCCCCUUCAACUUCCCAUUUGCCCAGAACGACUCGAAGAAAAUACGAAAACUAAUCGAAACCGAUUGUCUGAUGCGCAACACCAACGGAGCCAAGUUCACCUUCCUCUUGAACAUCAACGAAUUUGUCUAUCCAAACAAGAAAAUUCAAGACAAUGGCUCGGUGCUGCGAUCGCUCGACCACUACGAUCGAGACAUUAAACGCUUUGAAUUGGCUUCUUUCGGAGUGUGUUUGGAUCACAAAAACAAACUACUCAUCGACAAUACUCUGUACGACCCGGAAUUGAAAUUCGAUCACAAAUUGUAUGCAUACAAACCGACUAUGCAAACGGAGAGUAAUAAGAGCGUGACACUGCCUCUGUCGCUCGCACUCACUCAUAGGUACGUGGAUUGCUUUAGCACGAAGGAUGGUUUCUAUGAUUGGAGAAAUUCCUUGCGACAGGAUUUCAUGCAAUAUCUGGAAAGUGUUAGGACUGAAAUUGGUUUCCUGUUUUAGAGGAAACGCCAUAGCCAACUAAAUAAACUAAUGAUUUAUUAUUUUUUAAGUACGAUUAUUUGUUUGUAGUUUUAUUUUGCUAAUAAAAUUAUAUUUCGAAAAAAAA